GACCAUUUUAUCAUUGCUCUGCUACUCUGCCUCCUCAAAACCACACUGCAAGAUGAACACAUGUUUCCCGCGGUUUCUUCUCCAAGCUGAGUUCCUCUCAAGAAUCUCACUUCCGCCAAAAAAUUGUGCUUAUGUUCUUCUCUCCAACCGGAAAAGAAGAUAUUGCGCGAUUGUCCUCUCGUUGUCUGCCAAGCCAACUAAGGAAACGCUGGUGGUAGUAGGCGGCGGAGCGGCCGGCAUUUAUGGAGCGAUUAGAGCGAAAACGGUUGCGCCUGACCUCAAUGUUGUUGUUAUGGAGAAAGGAAAGCCGUUAUCCAAGGUUAAGAUUUCUGGUGGUGGUCGAUGUAAUGUGACAAAUGGCUCUUACACUGAUAAUGUGGUUUUGGCAGGAAACUAUCCAAGAGGCAAUAAAGAAUUGCGAGGAUCAUUUUUCAAUGUGCAUGGCCCAAAUGAUACCAUGUCAUGGUUUUCAGAUCGUGGAGUUGAACUAAAGACUGAACUUGACGGAAGAGUAUUUCCAGUCACUGACAGCUCAUCUACUAUUAUAGACUGCCUAAUGUCUGAAGCGAGGAGGAGAGGGGUUGUUCUGGAGACUGGUAAAACUGUUACAAGUGUGUCAGCAAUUGAUGGUUGCAAAUUCUCUAUCAAAGUAGAAAAACGCACAGUUGAUUAUGUUGAGUAUGCUGAAGCGAAUUACUUAAUGAUUGCUAGUGGUAGUAGUGAGCAGGGCUACAAACUUGCUGCACAACUUGGUCAUUCUAUUGUGAAGCCUGUACCCAGUCUAUUCACUUUCAAGAUUGAUGAUUUUCAGUUAGUAGAAUUGUCUGGGGUUACAUUCCCUAAGGUGAAAGCACAAUUGAAGCUGGAAACUGUUCAGAAGAGCAUACCCGCACUCACACAGGUUGGGCCAGUGUUGGUAACACACUGGGGCUUUAGUGGGCCAGUAAUUCUUCGAUUGUCGGCCUGGGGAGCUCGUGAUCUCUCAGAUUCUAAUUAUAAAGGCACACUUCUUCUGGAUUUUGUUCCUGAUUUUAAUGUAGAAGGUUUGAAGUCACUUCUUAUUGAACACAAAAAUAAGUUUGCGAAACAAAAAGUUGUCAAUUCAUUUCCUUCAGAACUUGGCCUUGUGAAAAGAUUCUGGAGAUAUAUUUUAGAACGUGAGGGUUUGGAUGGGGAUCUUUUAUGGGCGUAUGUAUCCAACAACUCCUUAAUAUCAAUUGCUUAUCAUCUGAAAAACUGUUCCUUCAGAGUGAAGGGAAAGGGUCAAUUCAAGGAUGAGUUUGUCACUGCUGGAGGUGUUCCAUUGUCUGAGAUAUCUCUGAACACCAUGCAGAGCCGAAUCCAGUCACAUCUAUUCUUUGCCGGGGAGGUAUUAAAUAUUGACGGCAUAACUGGAGGCUUCAAUUUCCAGAACGCUUGGUCGGGUGGAUACAUAGCUGGAACAAGCAUUGGUAACCUUGCGACAGCUGCUAGUGUGGAGGAAGAAGCUGUCUGAAAAGAAAAAAAAAUCAAAUAAAAUCGUUAUCUUGCAUCAUCUGGGUCUCAGUGUUUGCCUAUGCACAUUUCACACAUUUUUCCAUGUGAGGCCACAUCAUUGAGGAUCCAAGUGAUACGUAACGUGGUAUGUAUAUGAGAUCAAACAAGUUGUGGCUGUUGUCAAAAAGUAGAAUAGUGUUUAAAUAAUUUGCAUUUUUGGGCUUGUUUGUUGUUGGACAGUCUACCCUAUAAUGUUUCACUUUCUUUUCUUUUUA